AUGCCGUCCCUCAAACAGCUCACCUGCUCCAUCGAGCUGGGCAGCACACACACCAAGGUUCCGGAAUACGGCAAAGACUACGGCGAUGGCCAUGUCACCAGUUACAUCGCCGUCCCCAGCGAAGAAGUAAACUUCAGCAUCCAUCUCACUUCUCAAGGCUACAUUGCACCUGGUCUUGCCAUGUUUGUUUACAUGGAUGGCCAGUAUCAGUGCGAUCGCAACAGACGUGGGCUCCAGGUUCCAGGCAGGGGUGUCAAGAGCGAUCAGGUUGAGGUCGAUUUGCGUGUCAGACAGAAGGAGACGAAGCAAGCUGAUGGCAUGUCUGCUGAUAAGGUCGAGGAGACCGACGAUGUGUUUCUCGAGAACUUGGGAACCAUCGAGGUCAUCGUCUUGCGCUGCAAAGAUGCGCCUCCACCACCACCCAGCGAACCUGUGAGCAGAGAGAGUUCCUCCAGAGCUACGUCUUCUUGUCCUACCAGUAAGNCCGUCAUCCAAACACGCUGCACACCAAGAACAGAAGGCGCCAUCGAAACCUUCUUCCUCCAGCCACAAGAAGAAAGAACCAUCCACAAAGGACAAAGCACCUUCCAACAAACCAGCAUCCGCCAAACCCGCAACUGCAAAGAAAGCUCUGUCGGCGGGCUGUUCGGCCUCUUCGACGGUGCCUCUGACGAACGAGACCACGACGGCAUAAACCCCAAGCCCUACUGGAACGACUGGAACAAACGUCCUACAAUCUCUUCGUCUCGCCUAGCUAGACCUCUCUACAUUGCUCCUGAAGAGCCCAUGCCUUUAGUGCCCAAGCAAGCCGCUCGUGCCAAACAUGUUGAGCAUCAAGUCAAGACUGGCAAAGGGGCACCAUAUCUGCAUUUGUGUGCUCGUCCUGAAUACUUGGAUAGCAUGCAGCAGCCAUAUGCAGUUUUCACAUUCAAAUACCGCAGCAAGAAGGUCAUUGAGAAGAAGUUCAAGAUCGAGAUCAAGGAGGAAGGAAAAGCUCUCAAGGCAAAGUUGGCAGACAUGUCCAAGGAUGAGUUGGCUGACGAGUUGUUCAGACUGCGUGCCACUCCUGACAAUAACGCUUGGCCCGCUGCCGCUGAGGACAAUGCACCUGAAGCUACCAAGCCCGCCUCAAAGGUGCCUUCAAAGCCUGCUUCCAAGACAGCUUCCCAGAAAGCUAGAGAGGGACCUGGAGGUUGGCCUGCUUCUGCAUCUAACCAUGACAAUACCGGUGAUACUGAGAAGAGUGACUCAAAGAAGUCGUCCUCAAAGAAGUCAGGCUCCAAAAAGUCCAACAAGGAUGAAGCUGCUGCCGCUGAUGGAGACGCUGAUUGGAAUAAACCAGCUGCUGGUGGAGAUGCAAACUGGGGUCAACCAGCUGCUGGCGGAGAGGAAACCUGGGGCCAAGGACAGCAAGACCCUACCGCCUGGCAAACCGGUCCCUCGGGAGAUAAUGCUGCUUGGGAUGGUGGAGUAAAGACUUCUGGCAGUUUCAAUGCAUGGGGACCUCUACGCAUCACUGUCACAAUCGUCGGUAUUGCUGCUGCUGUUGCAGUCUCUAUUGCUGCGUACUAUUGGAUCAAGAGCUACGUGCUCAAAGCCAUCGCUUUCUUCNUUUUGCUCAAAGCCUGGGUCGUGGCUCCUUUCGCUUGGGCCAAGAGGUUCUGGGUCAGCCUGACAGAUCUGAAAUGGGUAUUUGCUCCCUUUGCUUGGUUGUUUGCUUUCUUCAAGAGGAGUUUGAUGGCAGCCGUGGAGCUGGUUUUGAAGGUCAAAGUCGGCAAGCCGAGGUUCAUCGAGCUGGAUGCUUGGACGGAGUGGUUGAAGAGACCCGAGUGGCUGAGAUGGCGUGGCGGCGUGUUGCACGUUCCAGAGAUCGUCGAGAAUAGUUUCGAAGUCUUUGUGCCUGAUGGUAUACAGGCGAUUGAAGAUGUUAUUGAGGAGCUUUGA